GCCCGCCCCUGGCGGGCUUGGGGCGCGCUGGAUGGCAGGGCGGCGGCAUGCGGCUCCUGUUCCUGGCUGUGCUGCGGCCGCACACCGGCAACGCGGUCACUGCGGGUCGCGUACGGGACCAUCUAGAAGCUGCUGGCCAUGUGUGUGUUCUGAAAGAUGCCUUUGACUUUGAAAGCCCAUCUGAAAUCUCCGAUCUCAUCGAUGCUGAGAACUUUGAGGCAGCACUGGCUCUCCACCUCUACAGAGGAGGCCGACUCCUUCAAGGUCAUCGGAUUCCUUAUGGGAUCAUUUUUGGUGGCACAGAUUUAAAUGAAGAUGUGAACCAGGGAGAAAAAAACAAGGUGAUGGGAAAAGUUCUUGAAGAAGCCAGAUUUGCUGUCGCUUUCACCGAGUCAAUGAAGGAAACGGCACAAAAGCAGUGGCCGCAUGCUAAGGGUAAGAUCUAUGUCCAGAGCCAAGGAAUCGCAACUGCACCAAACUCCACCUUUAACUGGAACACCUUUCUUCAACGUUCAGAAAUUAACGGAAGUGCUGAUAACUUACGUGUGUUUCUUCUGAUAUGUGGGCUCAGACAAGUCAAAGACCCUCUCUUUUUGGUGGAUGCAUUUUCAGAAUGGCAUCAAGAAGAGCCCUGUGUCUACAUGGUAAUUGUGGGCCCUGAAGUAGAUCCAGUGUUCUCAAGGGAAGUUAAGGCCAAAAUUAAGAGGAGCGCUGGGGUGCGGCUGAUGAGGGAGAUGCCUCAGGGGGACCUCCAUGCCGUGCUGAAGAACAGCUUUGCCCUGGUGAACAGCUCCGUCUCCGAGGGCAUGUCGGCUGCCAUUCUGGAGGCAAUGAACUUGGAAGUCCCUGUGUUGGCGAGGAACAUCACUGGCAAUGCUGCUCUGGUGACACAUGGCGUCACUGGAUUGCUGUUCUCAAACCCUCAGGAGUUCAUUCAGCAGGCAAAGAGACUGGUUAGUGAUCCUGAAUUAGAAAAAGAGAUCGUGGCCAAUGGCAGGGAGUAUGUGAGAAGGUGUCAUUCAUGGCAUGUGGAGAGAGACACCUACCAGCAUCUUGUGCAGACUCUCCAGGGAAGCACUAAGGAGUAAGGGAACCUGCCCCGUACUCUGGCCACAUCCAGCGACAGUGCUAUGGGUACAGUCCAGGGCUAGCCACUUACUUCAAUGGAAUCCUACAGACACCUUUGAUAUAGAAUUCAUCUCAGACCUCUGUCCUUCCAGAUGCCCUCCCAGAUGUGUUUACUGUGUAGUCCUGGAGAAGAAGCUGAUUGGCCUGAGGUGGCUUGUUUUAGGAGGAAAAAAACUGAAUAAGCUGGUCUGGAACUUUCUAUCUUUCCCCGUUUUCUGAAUGACCUGUCACUUAUCUGUGAAGAAACCAAGCACCACACAUCUUAGCUGGGAGGAGUCCUGACAGCAUUUUUGUCCUCAGUGUCCCAGGUCCCAUGGAUGUGCUUCUCCAAGCACUGGAUCUGUGUUGUGGCUGUGUCCUCAUGUCACAGCUAACUCUGCAAUUAUGCCACUCAACUGUGGUGACAUGGAAAAGUAUGACCAGGCCUCUGUCAAGGCCCCACCAUCCUCUUGGUCAAGUUUCACUUGAAAGCCCAGUUGAACAAGUGCCACAUCAUGUGACUUGGGAAAUACUCACAUGGUCCCAAGACAGAGCCUUGCUCUUUGUAGUCGGUGUAGACCUUCUUCUCUCCCAGCAUUUGGGAGUCAGGGAUGAGUGUCUAAUAGUCACAACUGCUAGCCCACUGGAUUCGUGUGAUGUGUGUACCACUCUGGACAUUCAACCAACAUGGUGUCCCCGAGCACUGUACCUCUUUUCUUCUGUUGGAUCCCAAGGCCAUUGCUUCCUAGUGGACAGUCUGACCACAGAUGGUCAGUGAAAUGUCCUCUUGCACCAUGAGAGGCAGAAGAUCAUCUCUGGGCAGUAAGGACUAAGCAGUCAGCUUCAGAGCCCCACUGUAGGAAUGAUCUGUCUGAGCUGGUUUAGAUGCGGACAUCUCUGGAAGAAGCAGCAUGGCGGGGAAGAGUAAUACCCAGCACAGCCUUUGCUUUGGUUUAGGAUGUCUUGGACUUCCUGAUUCCCAUUAAUCAUAUUCUUACAGUCAAACCUACAUCUUAUGUUUGAAGGAACACAUCUCCAGUGAAACAUCUUAAGCUCUGAUGACGUGGGGAAGAGAACACCGUGAUUAGGUUCAGUGCCUUUUAGUCUGAUAUUAUGGUUCAUCUUUCAGCCACAGAACAGUCACUCUCCACUGGAAAGUGUGUAUGGACAUUUUUCCCCCCAGAAUUUGGACCAGAAAGGUCAUUCUAAAGGAAGGGACCAUAUGUGCUCAGGGAACCCCCAGAGAUGCUGAUAGUGAUGAAAUUCUCGGUAUUCUAGAAGUUGGGUUCCUACUUGGAUGAUGUAAACUGGACCAGCAGAUUUCAUGAGUUCAUGUCUUUGUGGAAACACACACAGUGCACUCAGGGAAGGACAUGUUCUUAAAGGAAUAAAGUGUAUCCCCCGUCCACUGCA